AUGAAUUUUUAUCAACAUGCUGGCCGUAUUCUCGAUAAACUUGCAAGACAUGAAGGCACCAUAAAGGGUCUUGUUAUUGGAGACCCAAAAGUUUGGGAUAAAAAAAAGAUGUAUGCUCUUGUUUGCGAGACCUUGAAGUACAAACAGGUCUUGAACGAGAUCAUUGACGCUUCCAAGAUCUGCGAGAUCGAGAAGAAGGUAAAUUCAGAAUGUUCGAGAACACUAGCCCUAGUUCUAAUUCAUGAUUUAUUAUUUACAAAGCGUGGUAUUACAGUUAGAAAUGAUGUGCCACUCAAGCAAUGUGUUAUGCGUCAUCAAGCUAGACUGAAGGCUGAAUUAACCAAGAUCAAAAUCAAGCGAGGUGCUUCCAUGAAUGACGAUUUAGUCAGUCAGAAAGUAAAGAAUGCAGUUCUUAUUCCUCGUUAUGCCCGUGUAAAUGAGCACAAAAUCACAGUUGAGAAGGCAAUCAAAGGUUUCCAGAAUGAAGGAUAUACGCUUGUUGACUAUCCCGAUGAUCUUCGUGAUCUCAAGCAAAAGGAGUUUUGUGUAGACCGACAUUUAUAUGAUAUGCUUGUUUUUCAUCAAAAGACAGAUUUUCAUGCACACUCCAUGUAUACCUCAGGCAACAUUAUUUUACAAGACAAAGCAUCAUGUUUCCCUGCUCAUGUAUGCCAGGCACCAAAGGGAGCUCAUGCUAUUGAUGCUUGUGCUGCUCCUGGAAACAAGACUUCACAUCUUUCUGCUCUAAUGAAAGACACAGGCAAAAUUUGGGCAUUUGAUCUGGAUUCUCGACGAUUAGAUUUGUUAAAAAGACUGACAAACAAGGCUGGAUGCAAAAAUAUCAUUCCUGUACACGGCUCUUUUCUUGAAACAGAUCCAAACGACGCUCAUUUUUCUCAGGUUGAAUAUUUAUUAUUAGACCCUUCAUGUUCUGGUUCUGGUAUUAUCAGUAGACUUGAUCAUCUUGUAGACGAUGAAGACGAAAAUGCUAACGGACAGACACAAGAAGAAAGAUUAAAGAACUUGUCCGAAUUUCAAAUAUCUAUCAUAGAACACGCCAUGAAAUUUCCUAGAGCAAAGCGUAUUGUCUAUUCUACUUGUUCUAUUCAUGCUGAAGAAAACGAACAUGUUGUAAAGACCAUUCUUGAACAACAUCCUGAGUUUGAGCUUGCUCCUCGUGACAGCAUCUUGUCUACAUGGCAUAGAAGAGGUAUUCCUGCAGAAAUAGACGGAAACAAAGACCUUGCGGAUCGUCUUGUACGCACAAUACCUGCUGAAGACCUUACGAAUGGUUUUUUUGUCUCUUGCUUUGUUAGAAAAUUAGAUCAUGUAGAACAAGAAGAAAACACCAAGAAAAGACUUUUAGAUGAAAAAGAUACUCCAGUAAAAAACGAGCCCUCAAAGAAAAAGAAGAGGAAUAACAAGAAGAAGACUGCCUUGACUGCUUAA